AUCCAACCUAAAGAAAAAAAUCAUCGACCCCUCAUCGCUGACGUCAUUCAGCCUUGACCGACGCCCGCCAGGCAGCCCGGGGGCGGGGAGCAAAAAGUCCAUUAGUUUCAGCAACAUGGUCCACUUCCAGGUCAAGCCAGCGGCAGACGUCCAUCCAGACGAGGACACCGGAAGUUUCGACGUGUCAAGGUCAAACAGUGAACCCGGGCCCCGGCCCCCCCUGCCCCGCGAUAAAAAACUGGAGCCCGCCGACCAGAACAAACAGCCCGCUGCGCCCGCCAAGCGGAAAUUUAUCGUCCUGCCGACCAAGAUGUCGGACUUGAGGGCCGCUAAUCCUGUCAACGAGUCCGAAACCGACGCGGCGUCGACGGAAAACGACCGGGCGAAAUUCAGCCCUUCGCAAAAGUUGGAGGGGAAUAUUUUCAGCCGGGCGCUGAAGAACUUUCGGGGCAGGAAACCUUCCGGGGAGUCGGGGCGCCAGAAUUCAGAGGAGAUGGAGUUUUCCAGCACGCCGCCGCUGCUGGGGGGCGUCAGGGGAGAGGUGAGCCCGAUCCAGGCGGCGGCAAGGAGCGACAGCGUCAACACCUACAACAAUGAGGAUACGAUUACGUCAUACGCCGAGAGCGAUUGGGCGGCGCCUGUCAUGAUGAGGAAGAAAAAAUCCAAUCACGCCUUCCACAACCUGUCCAGACGAGGGUCAGGGACGUCUGAAGACGUCUUCACCUACACCAAACAACACGACGGGCCCAGCACCUUGCCAGAACAUUUGAAGAAUAGUCUGGUGGUAAUCUUAAGUGGCAUCUAUGGUAUCCUGCUGGUCGUGCUAGGUCUGGUGCUGCCCUUAUCUGAGACCUUCAUCAAAUCACAGCAGCCAUAUUUCUUUGAGAUGUAUUACCUAUACCUGUAUGUUGUAAGCCUCAUAUUCCUCAUCUAUGUCUACACAUACCUACUGAGGAGAGAAAGACUGAGCCUGCUGUCCUUCCCAAAAACUUUUUCCAGAAAACUCCGAAGUCUAAGCAGAUCCUCAUCCCAGAGGUCAUCAAUGAAAGGCUCUAUAGAUAAAAGUGGAUCCGCUCCACCCAAUCCAUCCAUUGCCGGCUCCACCAUGUCUCGCAGGAACAGCAUUGGCAGCACCUUCUCCACCAGAAGUCGACGCAGGAAGAUUGGGUUCAACUCUGAGACAUCGAACCACACCGGAAGCUUCUACCUGAGGAUAGGAAUUAUUGGGUUUGGCAUAGGCAGCAUGAUCCACAGUGGGCUGACCUUUGGUCACUACUUUGAGAUCAACCACCUGGGUGACCCCUGCAGUGACAUUCUCCAGGCCAUCAAGCCUGUGGCGCACCUGUGCUUCACCUUUGUACAGAUGUAUUUUGUCUUCAUGAAUUCUAAGAUGUGUGUCCACAAGUACAAGACCAUCGCCAGGUUUGGCAUGAUGCACAUGUGCGGGACAAACAUCUGCGUCUGGCUGCGCUCCAUCGUGGUGGAGACCCUGCAUGUCAUCGACGUGGACAAGAGGAGCAAGCAGCAGGACCUGCCUGUCCAUAUGACCAGCACACACACGCCUGCGUACAGGGACGUCAACAACACCUGGCUACACCAAGGUGAAGGCCACCACACAGAUAAUGCCAUGGGCAUGUUGCCAGAAUUAGACUGCCACUGGGAUGCCAUGAUGGGCAGAGUUGUGGAGAAGUCUUCAAUCUAUUUAUAUCCCUGCACCAUUGAGUACAGUCUGGUCUGUGCUUGUGUUUUGUAUGUGAUGUGGUCAAAUGUUGGUGAAGAUACAACAGCAAGACGGCUCAUGAGCCUGGAGUCAGCGUCAGAUGACGGCACGUCCAGGGAGAGUGUGGACGACGUGGAGGAGAGGAGCCAUCGCAUGAGUGUUGACUGUGCUGGCUCGAGCCGGGGCUUGUUCCUGGGUAUCCUGCUCUUUGUCGUCUGUGUUGUGUGUCUGAUCUGCUACUACGUGCUGAAGGGGUCUCCAGGGAAUUUGAUGGCUGCAGCUGUCUUAGGUCACAUCACUGAAGAUAUCAUCUACCUACUGGCCAUGGGGGCCACGGCCAUUGCUGCCUACAAAAUGAAGUCCAUGCAUUUCUCAAUGGCCAGAGAAGUUGGCAUGGAAGAAAUUUUGAUGCUGAUUUCUUUGUCAGGUCUGGGCAUGUUUGGUAUCUUUAGCAUCGUCUCCUCCCUGUUCUACCUGGACACACUGGACGGGGGACUGACCAUCAUAACCAACGUGCUCAUGAUGGUCCAGGCAGCCUCGCAGACGACCUUCAACUUGGCAGCACUGAGGGUAUCUGCCACACAUCGCUCGCAGAUCCGAGAAAAGCCUGGCAGGGAGUUUGUGACUUUUUUACUCAUCUCAAACUUUGCUCUGUGGGCUUUCAACACUUUUGAGACCCAGCGGUCGGAUCAUAACCGGAUUCAGGUCAAAUUUUAUGGAGCCACAGCCUGGGCAAUCUUCAGUCAUAUCUCAGUACCCUUAGGAAUUUAUUUCAGAUUUCACUCAACUGUGUCACUCUCCAAUGUUUGGAAAACAGCAUGGAAACUCAAACAUGCUCAGUCAGGUGGACAUUUACAGGGGCACUAACCCCUCACAUCCAUCAAUUCUAACGCUCAUUAUCCCCCUUGUCAUGUCAUUCAGAACUAAACAGAUAGCAAAGAAAAAUAGAUGUUCAUGUAAGAAUGUUUAGUUUGUGUUAUGAAUGAAUUCUCAAUAGUACAUAUAGCAGUAGACUUAAACCCACAAUCAUCAUUACUGUGAGAAGUUGAUUAGGAUCAAAAUAUUAAAAUAUUAAAACUUGAUGCACUUGGUGGAACUGUAGAAGGCUCACAGAGCAGUUGAUGAUCUAGGAUGUAAAUACAGAGGAAUUUAAACCUCAUGUAUUAGAUCUUAAUUUGGGCUUGUAUUCAUGCUUUGUUGGUGUUGUAUAUUUUGUGUUGGUGUUGUAUGUUGUGUUGGUGUUGUAUAUGUUAUGCUGGUGUUGUAUUUGUUUUGUUGGUAUUGUAUAUGUUGUGUUGGUGUUGUAUGUUGUGUUAGUGUUGUAUAUGUUUUGUUGGUGUUGUAUAUUUUGUGUUGGUGUUGUAUGUUGUGUUGGUGUUGUAUAUGUUAUGCUGGUGUUGUAUAUGUUUUGUUGGUGUUGUAUAUGUUUUGUUGGUUUUGUAUGUUGUGUUGGUAUAGUACAUAUUUUGUUGGUGUUGUAUAUUUUGUUGAUGUUAUAU